UUCUUUCACACUUUUUCUACCGCUAAUCUCUGGUUUUUUUUAAUUGAUUGAUUCUUGGUCUACAAACACCCACAUAUUAUAUACAUACAUAUAUAUAUACACACACUUGUUUCUCGUUUUCUUGAGCUUCUCCAAGCGAUUCAUUCCAACAAAUUUAAGAUCUGGGUUUGUCUUGUUCCUUUGAAACUCAGCAAGAAGGCUCAUAAAAACCGAAUCUUUCCAAGCGGAAUUUAAUUAGGGUUUUGUGGAAAUGGAGGAUUUAGAGAGCAGCGACAAAGGGGAAGAACUGGUUGAGUUGCCGCCGGGAUUUAGGUUUCAUCCAACGGACGAAGAGAUCAUAACUUAUUAUCUGACAGAGAAGGUGAUGGACAAAGAAUUCUCAGCCAUCGCAAUCGGCGAAGCUGAUCUCAACAAGUGCGAGCCUUGGGAUCUUCACGAGAAAGCGAAGAUGGGGGAGAAAGAGUGGUACUUCUUCUGCAAGAAGGACAGGAAGUACCCGACAGGGAUGAGAACGAAUCGUGCGACGGAGUCAGGUUACUGGAAGGCGACGGGGAAAGACAAGGAGAUCUUUAGAGGCAAAGGCCUUCUUGUCGGAAUGAAGAAGACCCUCGUCUUCCACAAAGGAAGAGCCCCUAGAGGACAGAAGACCAAUUGGGUCAUGCAUGAGUUUCGUCUCCAAGGCAAUCUUCCUUUCCCAAACCCUAAUCUUUUCUCAAAGGACGAAUGGGUUGUAUGUAGGAUUUAUCACAAGCCUCUUGCUUCAGCAAAGAAGAGCCCAUUCGGUGAACAAAAGUUGAGUUCCUUUCAUGAUAAUAUCGACUCUCUCUUCGAAUUCUCAUCUCUCCCUCCUCUCAUUGACCCGAGUCCAUCGGACCGACCCGGUCGGAGUUUCUACGCCGGAGAUCCGCCGGAGUUCAAGUACACCUCCGCCGCACCAUCCCUGCAUCCGGCACAAAUCACCGCCGCCACGAACCAAUGCUUCAUACCCUACUUGAUGGACCAAAACCCUCUAACCCUAAGUUACCAAAACCCUAACGAAGUCGGUGUUCCAUUGUUGAAUGGUCCGAAAAUGGAGCAAAUGCCGUCGUCGUCGUCGACACAAUCGGGAGUUAGUGUGGAUGUGUUUUCGGGGCAUAAGAAUGUGUCCGUUGAGACUGGCGAAUCUUAUGAAGAUUUUGCAGAUCUUUUGGGGAAUAUAUGGGCCUGUUGAUUGAGAUUAGCUAGGGUACGUUUCUAGCUAUAGCCUAUAGUUAUAUUGAUAAGGGUUUUGGCUACAUUCAUGAAUCAUAUAUAUAUAUAUAUAUAUAUAUAUAUAUAUAUGUAUAUAUAUAUAUGUGUGUGUGUGUGUAGGAUUCAAGUUCAUCUCUUCAUUUUUUUUGGUACAAAGUCUCCUCCAAAUUAAGAACGCGGUUAUUCAACUUCGUCAAUAGAUCAACCCAAAAAAAAAAACUUC